CACACAGUCACUGCAGCUGCUGAGCGAGCCCGACGCUCUAGGCACGCGGCGGCGGCCGGACUAACCCGGAGCUCGAACCCCAGCGGCCGCCAGCGCGCUCCCACGCCUUUCCCCGCACUGAGAUUCCCGCCCGGCCGCGCGCGGGAAGAGGGGAUCGCGCGCCCGUCUGUUCGCGACUCCAGGCUGUCCACAGCGUCUGCAGCGAACGAGCGGUUCCAAACCUGAGCGCUCCGGGAAGCCGGUGCAUCUCCAAGGCGGCGGCGGGGGCCGCCCGCACGGCCUCCCCGCACCCAUCGUGCUGCGUCCGGCACGCUGCGCCCCGGCGGCAGUGACCUUCCAAGGAGCGAUUAUCCCGGCCCCGCGCCCCCGGUCCGGCGCCCCAGGCCGGGGCGAGGCCCUCUUCAGCGCCCGCUUCUCGCGGAGCCGCGGGCGGGUGGCGCAGGCCCGGGGGUGGGGGGUGGGUCACCGCAAGCAGCUACUGCCGCUCCCAUUGCUCGCUCGCAGCGUUUGUCUCCCAGCCCGGCUGAGCUGUCUUCUGCCUCCUGCCUUGCCGCUUCUUCGGAGCCGGGGGCGCGGCUGCACUUGCCUGGCCGGGCCGGUUGCGGGCAGGCCCUGCCCUGAAGGGGCUAAGCGGUCCGGGCGCGGAAGGUGAAGCCAGAGGAGCUACCGCUCAGCGUUUCUUCCUAGCGCUGGUUUCCGGGACUCAACCCAGGGCAACCCCAGGCCCUUGCCCAUGCGAGGCGCCGGGGGCUUGGUAGAGUCCUUCUGGUGUGGAGCAGCUCUCAGCAGCCGCCUCGGAGGAGGAGAAAGAGGGGAGAGUGCUCAGUCCUGGCAAGGCGGACCUUUCCUGUUGGCAUUUGGAGCCCAAGGCUGUCCCGAAGUCUGUGCUUGGCACCCUUGGUCGGGUUAGAACAGCGCCAGCUGGGAUCUCCACCCGGACCCACUGCACUUAGUAGGCGUCAGUGGCACCACGCGGUUCAGCUCUUUCGGAGUGUACCUCUUCCUGGUUGUAGUCAAGGCCAAGGAGCAGCUCAGCUAUCAGUCUUGAGAAUCUGACUAGGCUUGGCCACUGUUCUGGAUUCCUGGCUUGAAGGAAAUUGUCCAUUUCAUCCAGAUUUUCCAGUUGUGUUGACGGACCCUUCCACAACCAUCAGGACACAAGAAGCAAGGAACAGAAAGGAUUAUGAGGGAUGCUGAGGACUUCCUGCUCUGCACAGAGACACCAGGUUGGAAUUAGAGAUUGGCACUUCUGAGAGGAUGCUGGGAAUCUGCAGAGGGAGAAGGAAGUUCCUGGCUGCCUCUUUGACUCUACUCUGCAUACCAGCCAUCACCUGGAUUUACUUGUUUGCUGGGAGCUUUGAAGAUGGGAAACCUGUGUCUCUGUCUCCCCUGGAGUCCCAAGCCCACAGUCCCCGGUACACUGCCUCUAGCCAAAGGGAGCGGGAGAGCCUGGAGGUGCGUGUGCGAGAAGUUGAGGAGGAAAACCGUGCUCUGCGCAGGCAGCUCAGCCUGGCCCAGGGUCAGAGCCCUGCUCACCGCCGUGGGAACCAUUCCAAGACCUACUCCAUGGAAGAGGGAACAGGGGACAGUGAGAACCUACGGGCUGGCAUUGUGGCAGGCAACAGCUCUGAGUGCGGGCAGCAGCCGGCUGUGGAAAAGUGUGAGACCAUCCAUGUGGCCAUCGUCUGUGCUGGAUACAAUGCCAGCAGGGAUGUUGUCACCCUGGUGAAGUCCGUCCUUUUUCAUAGGCGGAACCCUCUGCAUUUCCACCUCAUUGCUGAUUCUAUUGCUGAGCAGAUCCUGGCUACACUCUUUCAGACCUGGAUGGUCCCUGCAGUGAGAGUGGACUUCUAUAAUGCUGAUGAGCUCAAGUCUGAAGUAUCCUGGAUUCCCAACAAACAUUACUCUGGGAUUUAUGGCCUGAUGAAGCUGGUUCUGACCAAGACUCUACCUGCCAACCUGGAGAGAGUCAUUGUCCUAGACACUGACAUUACCUUUGCCACAGACAUUGCAGAGUUGUGGGCAGUGUUCCAUAAGUUCAAAGGGCAACAGGUCCUGGGCUUGGUAGAGAACCAGAGUGACUGGUAUCUUGGAAAUCUCUGGAAAAACCACCGUCCAUGGCCAGCCCUUGGUAGGGGCUAUAACACAGGAGUCAUACUACUGCUUCUGGACAAGCUUCGGAAGAUGAAAUGGGAGCAGAUGUGGAGGCUGACAGCAGAGAGGGAACUCAUGGGCAUGCUGUCUACCUCCUUGGCUGACCAGGAUAUUUUCAAUGCUGUUAUCAAACAAAAUCCCUUUCUGGUAUAUCAGCUUCCCUGCUUCUGGAAUGUGCAGCUGUCAGACCACACCCGAUCUGAGCAGUGCUACAGAGAUGUAUCUGAUUUAAAGGUCAUCCACUGGAACUCCCCCAAGAAGCUGCGUGUGAAGAACAAGCAUGUGGAAUUCUUCCGCAACCUCUACCUGACCUUCUUGGAGUAUGAUGGCAACCUCCUGCGGCGGGAGUUGUUUGGUUGCCCCAGUGAGACUGAUGUCAACAGUGAAAAUCUUCAGAAGCAGCUGUCUGAGCUGGAUGAGGAUGACUUGUGUUAUGAGUUCCGGCGAGAGCGUUUCACUGUCCACAGAACCCAUCUGUACUUCCUGCACUACGAGUUUGAGCCUUCUGCUGACAACACAGAUGUUACCCUUGUUGCUCAGCUCUCCAUGGACAGACUACAGAUGCUGGAGGCCAUCUGUAAACACUGGGAGGGACCCAUCAGUCUGGCCCUCUACCUGUCGGACGCAGAAGCCCAGCAGUUCCUCCGCUAUGCCCAGGGAUCUGAGGUGCUCAUGAGCCGGCAGAAUGUUGGCUACCACAUCGUGUACAAGGAGGGUCAGUUCUAUCCUGUCAAUCUCCUGCGCAACGUGGCUAUGAAGCACAUCAGUACACCCUACAUGUUCUUAUCUGACAUUGACUUCCUGCCUAUGUAUGGGCUCUAUGAGUACCUCAGGAAAUCUGUCAUCCAACUUGACCUUGCCAAUACCAAGAAAGCAAUGAUUGUCCCGGCAUUUGAGACGCUGCGCUACCGACUCUCUUUCCCCAAGUCAAAAGCAGAGCUGCUGUCAAUGUUGGACAUGGGGACCCUAUUCACAUUCAGGUAUCACGUAUGGACUAAAGGCCACGCACCCACAAACUUUGCCAAGUGGCGGACUGCUACCACACCUUACCAGGUUGAGUGGGAGGCUGAUUUUGAGCCAUAUGUUGUUGUGAGACGAGACUGCCCUGAAUACGAUCGGAGAUUUGUGGGCUUUGGCUGGAACAAAGUGGCUCACAUCAUGGAACUGGAUGCACAGGAGUACGAGUUCACCGUGUUGCCCAAUGCCUACAUGAUCCACAUGCCCCAUGCCCCUAGUUUCGACAUUACUAAGUUCCGUUCCAACAAGCAAUACCGCAUCUGUCUCAAAACCCUGAAGGAAGAGUUUCAACAGGACAUGUCCCGACGAUAUGGCUUUGCUGCCUUGAAAUAUCUCACGGCUGAGAACAAUAGCUAGCACUACAAAGGCCACCACUAGGGAGAGACAUGCCACCCAGGAAGAGCCACUUCCUGCCUAGGGCCCAGCCUUGGAAGACAAAAUCCAACACUGCUUUUCUUUGGUUUGCUUCCCUUUGUCUCUUUGGCCCCACAAAGCUGCUCUCUUAUGAAGUCUUGGACAGAGACCCAGACCACCAUGGGUGCUUCCAGGAUGGGACAUAGAAGAGUGGAAGCAAUUGAAGAGUUUAACAACUUACCACAAAGCCACAGACCAAGUCAGGGUUUCUGGAAUUUCUCAUUGCUUUUUAACAAUUAUGUGUUAAACCUUAGCUGUUGAAGAAGUAAGAGCAAUAAAGUUCCCUACAAUGGAAAUUUACCAUGCCACCUAGCUGGGUACCCAUCUGGAUAUCAACCCAAGGACCCAAACAAACAUCCGGAGGCUCUCAUAGAGACAUUAUACACGCAGAGACCUGGAGGAGAGAUCAAUUGGUUCUUGAUUCUCAAAGUCACUCUUGUUUUGUUUUGAGUUGUUUGAAUUUGGGGGAUUUUGUUCAUUUUGAUCUAGGAAUCUUAAGUUUUUAAAAAAUUGAAUCCUUAAAGUUCUAAAAGAAAAAUCAACUCCCUCAAUUAGCACCUCUCAACAGCAGUGGCCCUCAUCCUCAGAGAAUGUUCAUGUGUGAAGAGAUUCCUUCAUGAUUAACACUGAGACCACCUGAUUCCAAGUUUCCACUCUCUAGACCCAGGGAUAUGACAGACUACAGAAAUAUGAGGUCAAACACUAUAUGCAAGUUACAUUUUCUAUGGACCAUCACCAAGUCACAAGGAAAGGGCUUCAUGGAACUACUCCAGCACUCACAGAAGGUAUGAUUCCCUUCUUGGGCCUUUAGAAGAACUUGAACAGUUCACAGAAGUCCAAUUUGAACACUUUUAUGACUACAUUGAAGCCACUGGAAGAAAUAGGUCAGGUAUCUCUGUGUUCUUCCCUGCCUCACUGUUGAAAGUGAGGGAGCUGAUGAAAUUAGUUUCCCCUCAGGACCUGUCCAAAUGUUGGCAUGCACCUCUUCAUUGUGCAUAUGGAAGAAACACUGGACCCGUUUUCUUUACUCUUCACUAUUAAUGUUGUGUUUACAUUGAUGAGAACAAGAGUUAAUGGCAUACCCUAAACUGCGCGCUGUUUGUAUUGAGUUGCCAUGUGACCAGCGAAAGCUACAUUCAAUAAAUGAAGUAUAGACUGUU